UGCGCCAUGACCCUACUAUCAGUACGUUUCUGGCUCUUUAUUAAGUAACACAAUAAUAUGUUUAAAGUGGUGUAAAUUUACUAAUAAUUUAACAAAAAUGUAUAAAUUUUGUACAAAUAAAUCAUUUUUCAACGUAGCAGUUGUAAAAAAUUUAAGCGGUCAUAAGAAUUGUCGGAAAAACGUGUUAAGAUGUGCUUCUCAUAAUGUAGGCUCCGAAAACCUAUUCCCCGAAAGAGUAGACUUUCCUAGUAGACAUAUUGGACCUAGAGAUCAGGAUGUCGUUACUAUGUUGGAUUUGCUUGGGUAUAAAAGUUUAGAUCAAUUGACAAAUGAUGCGGUACCUAAAAAGAUUCAACUACAAGGUCUCAUGAAGAUUGAUGAACCUAUGAGUGAAUAUGACCUUAUUGAACGAGUAAGAAAGAUUGCUGAAACAAAUCAAAUAUGGCGUUCGUAUAUUGGCAUGGGGUACCACAACUGCUGUGUCCCUCAUACAAUUAUGCGUAAUUUAUUCGAGAAUCCAGGAUGGACUACGCAAUACACACCAUACCAGCCAGAGGUUGCUCAAGGAAGAUUGGAAGGUCUUCUCAAUUACCAGACGAUGGUCAGUGACCUCACUGGAUUAGAUGUGGCAAACGCAUCUCUGCUAGACGAGGGCACGGCCGCUGCUGAGGCGUUAUCUCUUUGCCACAGGCACAACAAACGGACAAAGUUCGUGGUAUCAGAGCGUCUGCAUCCGCAAACGCUAGCUGUAGUGCAAACCCGACUGGACGCGCUGGGACUCGAAGUGAAAGUGGUGCCGGACGUACGCUCCGCUGACUUCGCGCAAAGGGACAUCUCAGCUGUGCUCUUGCAAUGUCCCGACACAAGAGGAUUAGUUUACGAUUAUUCCGGACUAGCGGCUACUGCACAUGAACAUGGGACUUUAGUGGUGGUAGCAACGGAUCUCCUAGCGAUGGCGCUACUGCGUCCGCCGGCGGAGUGCGGCGCUAACCUUGCUGUAGGCACGUCUCAAAGACUAGGGGUUCCCCUCGGAUACGGGGGACCCCACGCUGGGUUCUUCGCCGCAGAACAUGCGCUGGUCCGUCUGAUGCCAGGCCGGAUGGUCGGCGUCACACGAGACGCUUCGGGAAGAGAUGCGUACAGGCUGGCUCUACAAACGCGGGAGCAACACAUACGUCGUGAUAAAGCCACUUCAAAUAUCUGCACGGCGCAGGCGUUGCUCGCCAACAUGUCCGCCAUGUUCGCGGUGUACCACGGACCACAAGGCCUAAGGGAUAUCGCCACUCGAGUCCAUAACGCUACACUCGUAUUAGAUCACGGUAUCAGAGGUCGUGGCCACAAGCAGUCCAAUGACGUAUACUUCGACACACUGCACGUGGUGCCUCAUGCCGAGCACGACGCGACAGCUAUCAAAGCGCGGGCACAGCAAAAGAAGAUUAAUUUAAGAUAUUUCGAUGACGGUGCGGUCGGCGUGGCUUUGGACGAAACCACGACUAUGGAAGAUGUGCAAGAUCUACUGUGGAUAUUUGACUGCAAUAACGUUGAUGAAGUGCUUCAAACUGGUAACGCAUCGGCAAAGAGCGUAUUAAAAGGUCCCUAUCGAAGAACCUCUCCAUACCUCACGCAUCCAGUGUUUAAUAUGCACCAUUCUGAGACUAGAAUUGUACGCUACAUGAAGAGAUUAGAAAACAAAGACAUCUCGCUUGUUCAUUCCAUGAUACCGUUGGGCUCGUGUACAAUGAAACUGAACUCGACAACCGAGAUGAUGCCCUGCUCGUUUCGUCACUUCACCGAGAUCCACCCGUUCGCGCCGCUUGACCAGUGCCAGGGGUACCACACGCUGUUCCAGGAGCUGGCCCAAGAUCUCUGCGCUAUCACUGGCUACGACCGUGUUUCCUUCCAACCUAAUAGCGGUGCGCAAGGCGAGUACGCGGGGCUGCGCACAAUCAAGCGCUACCACGAGUUCCGCGGUGACGCGGGCCGCCACAUCUGCCUCAUCCCCGUCAGCGCGCACGGCACCAACCCCGCCUCCGCGCACAUGGCCGGCAUGCGCGUCUGUGCCAUCCGCGUCAACGCCGCCGGGGAGAUCGACAUGGAACAUUUGAAGGAUCUGGUGGAGGAGCACAGCGCGAAGCUGUCGUGCCUGAUGCUGACGUACCCGAGCACGUUCGGCGUGUUCGAGGAGCGCGCGGCGGACGUGUGCGCGCUGGUGCACGCGCACGGCGGACAGGUCUACCUCGACGGCGCCAACAUGAACGCGCAGGUGGGACUAUGCCGGCCAGGUGACUACGGCAGUGACGUAUCCCAUUUGAAUUUACACAAAACCUUCUGCAUACCGCACGGCGGAGGCGGACCAGGGAUGGGACCAAUAGGAGUUAAAGCACAUCUCGCGCCAUUCCUGCCUUCUCAUCCUGUGGUAGACCCAUUAGCUGAUUUGGGCGAGGCAGCGCACAGUUUUGGAUCAGUUAGUGCUGCACCUUUUGGGUCUUCUGCGAUUUUACCAAUAUCUUGGGCGUAUAUAAAAAUGAUGGGACCGAAAGGUCUAAAACGGGCAACGCAAGUCGCCAUUUUAAAUGCCAACUAUAUGUCCAAAAGACUGGAAGGUCAUUACAAAACGUUGUAUAAAGGCGAGAGAGGCCUCGUCGCACAUGAAUUUAUCAUCGACCUGCGAGACCUCAAGAAGUCUGCUAACAUUGAACCCAGUGACAUUGCCAAGCGACUUAUGGACUAUGGUUUCCACGCUCCGACUAUGUCCUGGCCUGUAGCCGGCACGCUCAUGAUAGAGCCGACUGAGUCAGAAGACCUUCAGGAGUUAGAACGAUUCUGUGAAGCUCUCAUAUCCAUUCGCAAGGAAAUCAAGGACAUUGAAGACGGUGUUAUUGAUAAACGAUUGAAUCCUCUAAAGAUGUCGCCACAUACACAAGAAGAAGUCAUUAAAGAAGACUGGAAUAGACCAUACACAAGGCAGCAAGCCGCAUUUCCAGCGCCUUUUGUAAAGGGGGAGACAAAGAUUUGGCCCACCGUGUCCCGUAUUGAUGAUAUGUACGGGGACAAACAUCUCGUAUGCACCUGCCCUCCAGUCCUCGACGACUUCUGAUACACCAAAUAAAACAACCAAACAAUGACUGCAUAAAUGUAUAUUUUCUCAAUAUUGUCAUAGAAUAAAUAUCUUCUAACAAUCGGAUCUUUUU